CUGGCUUCUUGUGCUGUUUUUGUGCUUGGCCCCGUAAUUGCUGCUUGCAGCUAUAUUUAUUAUUAUUAUUAUUAUUAUUAUUAUGUUGCCACAGAGAUGAUGGUGCCUAUCAUCUCAUAAUCUGGCUAAAUGAGUAGUGUUUUCUGGCAAACUUUAUCUCUCUUCUUUAUUAACAGUACACAUAAUGUGUACAAAUUACAUUGAACAGUCAGCAUUAAGAUAUGCAUUUUUCAUGAUCAAUGUUUUUACUAUCUACUGAUACUUACAGGAAAUGGACACAAGACAAUUUUAUGGGCGGAAGGAACAUGAUCGAGCAGUUAGGGUCAUUCCUUCUGACAGUGAGGUGAAGACACCAUGAAGACUGGAUCCCUGAAUCAGGAGAAUGCCUGUCUCUUGACAAUGACACAGAGUCUGAGGAUGAAGAUGAAGAUGAUGUAGAAGAGGUUGAUGUUCCACGCCUACCCCGAUGGAGAACACCUCACAAUGCACACUUCAAUGCUUGCCCAGAAUGGCAGGACCUGCUUCCAAGAUCUGAUGAUAUCAUGUCCCCCCUCCAGUACUUCAAGCAGUUUUUCUCUGAAGACAUUCUGGAAGUUAUUGUAGAGCAGUCAAAUCUGUAUGCGAUACAAUGUGAUGCAAACAAGCCGCUUAACCUCACCAUAAAAGAAUUGGAGCAGUUCCUGGGGAUUGUGGUGUACAUGUCAUUGUUUGGUUUACCAGGCACCCGCAUGUUUUGGAACAAAGCCUGCAGAGUAUCCCAAGUAGCUGACACCAUGACACUGAAUAGAUGGGAGGCCAUCAAAAAACACCUGCACUUCAAUAACAAUGAAGAGAGACAGGAGGAUAAUAAUGAUCCACUCCACAAGAUCCGACCACUGGUUACUCAUCUAACCUCAAAACUGACAUCAAUCCCAAUGAGUGAGAAGCUGGCUGUUGAUGAGCAGAUGGUCCCAUUCAAGGGAAGAAACAGACUGAAGCAAUAUCUGCCAUCAAAACCAAAGAAAUGGGGCUACAAGAUUCUGGUCUUGGCUGGCUCUGAUGGUGUCCCGUACAACUUGGAAAUCUACACAGGGAGAGUUGUACAACCCCCUGAGCUAGCAGAUGUGGGCGCAAGUGGCAACGUUGUCCUCCGCCUGGCCCAGCCUAUACCCAAGCAUAAGAACUACAAGGUUUUUUUUGACAACUGGUUUACGAGUGUCCCUCUUGUGCUUACACUGGCUCAGCAGGGAAUUCACUGCACUGGUACUGUUCGUGGCAACAGACUACCAGGUGUCAACUUGAUGUGUGAUGCUGAGCUGAAAAGAGCAGGACGUGGAUCUUUUGAACAGAAGAUGGCCAUGGUGAGAGAAACCACCUUGUAUGCUGUAAAGUGGUACGAUAAUCGCUCAGUGACCCUUCUCAGUGAUUACACUGGAGCCCACCCAGUCACCGAGGUUGACAGGUGGGAUCGCAAGCAAAAGAUGAUCACCAAAGUCCCCUGCCCUGCUGUGGUGAAAGAAUACAACAAGAAUAUGGGUGGGGUGGAUCUUCUUGACUCACUGCUUGCACUGUAUCGGAUCAAAAUAAGAUCAAAGAAGUGGUACCACCGGCUGGUGUUCCACCUUCUGGAUAUGAUCAUCGUGACCACAUGGCUGCUCUACCGAAGAGAUUGUGAAGGUACUGGCAUGAGAAAGAAUGAACAUAUGAAGCUGUAUACCUUCAAAUCCUACAUUGCUGAAGCCCUAUGCAAAAGUGGAAAGAGCCUGGAGCGCAAGAAAGGUCGCCCCUGUUCCACAAUUGCUGGUGAGUAUGAGGAAAAGAGGAGAAAAGGACCCGCUGCUCCAAUUCCAGUCCCUGAUGUGCGCCUGGAUGCCACAGCCCACUGGAUGAUUAUGGCUGAAAUUCAAAAGAAAUACAUUUCUGGUGUAUUAAUGCACACAGUAUAUAUUAAAGACUAAGCACAUUUAAAAUACAUUUACAAAUGUCAUUUUGAACAACACACUUAAAU